GCUGCUGUAGUACCAUCUGCACAAUCUCUCAACCUAACUGACUUCAACUUCAGUGAUUUUGAGCUAUCAGAUUUUGAAACAACGCUGUGUACAAUUCGAAUGUUCACAGACCUCAACCUGGUGCAAAAUUUCCAAAUGAAACAUGAGGUUCUCUGCAGAUGGAUUUUAAGUGUAAAGAAAAAUUACCGGAAAAACGUUGCUUAUCACAAUUGGAGACAUGCCUUUAAUACAGCGCAGUGCAUGUUUGCUGCUUUAAAAUCUGGUAAAAUUCAGAGCAAACUGACUGACUUAGAAACACUGGCUUUGCUGAUAGCAACUCUAAGCCAUGAUUUGGAUCACAGGGGAGUGAACAACUCUUACAUACAAAGAAGCGAACAUCCACUGGCUCAACUGUAUUGCCACUCCAUCAUGGAACAUCAUCAUUUUGAUCAAUGUCUUAUGAUCCUGAAUAGUCCAGGAAAUCAGAUUCUCAGCAGCCUUUCCAUUGAAGAAUACAAGGCCACACUGAAAAUGAUAAAACAAGCCAUUCUUGCCACAGACCUAGCACUAUACAUAAAGAGGAGAGGAGAAUUUUUUGAACUUCUAAGGAAGAAGCAAUUUAAUUGGGAAGAUCCUACACAGAAGGAGCUAUUUUUAGCAAUGCUGAUGACUGCUUGUGAUUUAUCUGCCAUAACCAAACCAUGGCCCGUUCAGCAACGGAUUGCUGAGCUUGUAGCUACUGAGUUCUUUGAUCAAGGAGAUAAAGAGCGGAAGGAACUCAACAUAGAACCAACAGAUCUAAUGAACAGAGAGAAGAAAAAUAAAAUUCCUAGCAUGCAGGUUGGAUUCAUAGAUGCUGUUUGUUUGCAGCUGUAUGAGGCCCUAACGCAUGUGUCAGAGGCCUGCUACCCUUUACUGGAUGGCUGUAGAAAAAAUAGGCAGAAAUGGCAAUCCUUAGCUGAACAACAAGAGAAGAAUCUGAUUAAUGGAGAAAGCAAUCAAGCCAAACGGAACUGAGAUGCUGAUUUAACAACCACAUGCUUAAGUUCACAUAGAAGACAUAGUAAUAG